UCAUAUAUACCCGCGCUAACGUGCAGUGCACGUCGCUUACUAUAAUGCCUGAUCCCCCGAAGCUAAAAGUUGAAUCCGUUUUGUGUGAGUUUAUUGACGAUCGUGUCAUAACAACAGUAACAACCACCACAACAACAACAACAAACAUGGCAAGGUGACGUACGCAUGUUAAAAAGAAUGCUUGUUCUUAGCCGUCGUCGAGACCGAUGUAAACUAACUGGGUGAUCUACUUCGAUACUAAUGGACCAUGACAGGCUUGAUUUUGCGCACUACCGCUAUUGCUUUGUGUUUUUCGUCUUUUGUUUAUAUAUUUUUAUGGAUUCUUCACAAGUAUUACAACGCUAAUUUUGACUAAAAAAGGGGCGCGUCCUGUCAUGUUACUGAUUAGUAAGAAUGAUAACUAGGCUGAGAACACGUUGGGCCCGAUUUGCUGGAGUGGGUCGCCGAAGUCUGCGACUUCUUCGGGUUGCGUUUCAAAACCAUCCCUACCGGUAUAUGAUCAGCUGCACAUUUCCUCUGAUGCUUUUGGAAAGACUACCAGAAGAGGCUAAACUAGAGGAGAAAAGGAAAGCCAAGCGAAGCCCGGAAGUUGUGUGCAGCAUUCGAGGAUAUUUACCACAAUCAUUAAUGACAAAUAUGCUACCAUAUACGGAUUCAGCCAAAAUUAGGCUGAUGAAGCCAAUAAAAAACAAAACUGAAACAAAGCGACCUCAAAAAAGUAGACCAAUUCGAUAUAGCCUUCGAUUAAGUUCUCCUCUCUUGACUGGUGCAGUGGUCAAGGCCAAAAAGAUCUGUCCAAAUGGCAGGCUUGUAUACGAGAGAAAGCAGCCAAAACUGAAAAUGGUCACAACUAGUAUCUUGCCAAGAAGACGAAAAUGCACUCGCAUAGUCACUUCCUUCCCUUACAAUCUUCGCUUUAGAAGGAACGUCCGUCGCAAUAGCUGGAGAGGAAGUCACGACACAGCACAACUACGAGAAUGUAAAAGUAUCACAAUCACUCCCUAUUGUCUUCGUUUUCGAAGAGAUAACCAGCACAGCAAGCAGGUAUCCAAGUCUCCAAAUACAACGAGGAAACGACCCAGAACGAAACGCAAUCGUAAGGCAGAACGGGUGUCACCGAGAAAAAGUCCUCGCCUUCUUGCUCAGCGAUUCGUCCUCACCGGUGACGAAAAUGACUCUUUCGAUGAUGAAAUCUCUCCUCCAAGGUAUAGAAACCGACGCUGCUUGCUGCUUUCGGAUGAGGAGAGUGGCGACAAAAAUGACGAUAACGACGCUGUCCUGAUAGCGGGCGUUUCAUUUAAAUUUAGCGCAAAGCGCAGCAAAAAAAGCUCCAAUGGCAGGUGGUGAACAGCCUCGUAUAGACACGAGCGUCAAUACUGAGCAAACGUGUGUUCCACCCAUAUCCAAUAAAGAAAAGAAUAAUGUCAUGCUGGCUCCUACGUAUCUGACCUCUCCACGAGUUCAGAAUAGUCCGUUCCCAGCUAAAGUCAAAUGGCCUCUGCUCCGCAGAGCGAUAGUCGCUACUUCACCUCUGGCUAUCAAAGACGGCGACGUUCGAGCAAUUCCUUAUUCGGCCUCCGAUGUCUCUAGGACAAGUCUAGAUAAACAGAAACGUAUAACUGGUGAGCAGCAGCAGCGGAAGCAGCAAGAAGUGUCGAACACUUCUCAUAAUGUUCCGUCCGCAGCUUUCGCUGGGAAGUACAAUCCCGCAUUAUAUGGCAAUCCGGCUUACAAUAGUGUUAAUUUCUAUUCACCGUCGAACGUACGCGCAAACAUUCGUUGAGGCCUUCUACUGAGUGGAACUUCAGCCGCACCGUCCGAGGCGCAAGUGUCCGCUGUUACCGCGCAGUAGUCGUUCAUGACGGCGCGAGAAUGUGACGAAGCGAAAGAAUGUCAGUUUAGAUCCAAAAUUUUUAAGGCCGUACAAGAUAUGAGUCGCCUCCAAAAAAUGCGCAGCCUGCCGUCUUUGGUUAACAACCGCAUUCAAAGCCGCAGGCCAGCUGGUCCUUUACGGCCCUCAGAAUUUCGAACUUUGAACCUCGUGCAGCGCGCUCUCCAGGGAAAUCAGGCAGACGAGCACAAAUCGUUAAGUGAUGCUCCAGAUUCGGUGCCGUUGCUAUCUCUGGGAACCGCACGGCGUGCGUCUAGUGGCCAUGUGCAAUACUUCGUCGAUUUCUAAUAUUAAGAAUACGGAUAUUUUUAAACGAAAUAUUUAUUGUUCACAUAAUUUGGGAAAUACCUGAAAUGGCCAUCUAGAUGCUUAUAAAUGCAGUGGUAAACUACGAAAUCUAUUAAAAACGCAUAGGAAACUGCGUGAUUUUCAUGCUUUUAGUUCUAACCUAAUUUCAUGGUGUUUACUUACAUAUAAAGGCUAUCAACAUUUGCCUAACCUUAGAAGCUGAAAUAAGGAAAUAGUAAAAGCUAACCUCGGUAUAACCGAAUUCAGCUAUAAACGUAACUGGAUUUAUAGCAGUUACACAGAAUUUUGCCACUGAGGAAUAUGUAGUGCUAAUAUGUUUGACUUUACCCUAAAGAAUAUUAUUUAAGAUAAAUGGUUCGGUAAAAAAACAAAUAGAUUUAGUACUUUUGAUCAUGUUUUUAAUAAUAGAACGACGACCAUUAACAAUUCCUUGCUCCUUGCAUCCCACAGUAUCCUUACAUCAAGAAUACUGUGACCAUAGAUCUGUAGACGAAAAUAGUUGAAGGAUUGCCGGUCGACAGAUCUUAGCGGCUGUCGUAUCUUCUCGGAAUUGGCUCAAGGCACCUAUCAAGCAACCUCUUAUAGGCAAAAAUUCCAAGAGCGUCUACUUCGGAAUAUUUGCAUUAAAAAAAAUAACAGUUUCAAAAAUGCUUAAGCACAUUUUUAUGAUUUAUAUUCUUAACAGCAAACUAGAAAGCGACUUUACGUGGUCCUUCAACAAAAAGUGAAUUUUGGUCACUCUGAUGGCUUAGCAAUAAAUAAGUGAUAUGUCUUAUUAUAGUGUUUAAAAUAUCGAGCAUAUCAAUUAUCCUAUAAAACGAAUGAUUAUGAUGCGCCGUUCUUUCCCAACAAUGCUCGUGGCACUGCCUGGUAGCUAUCAUUGUACACUAUAAAGCUACUGCUAUAGACCAAAUUGCCUGAAUGAAUACACCCCAAUAUAAAUUAACUAUGAAAUGGCUCUUCAUAAUAUUGAUCUAGAUUUCAUAAAAAUUUUGAAAAAUAAUUCCACGGAAAGGAGCCAUCUUUUAACUUUGCGGCAGCUUCAACUGUAAUAUAAGAAAAUACAUUUCAAUUUUUUAAUUCAACGUACUGUUUCUUGCACAGAGUACACGUAGCACCAUGCCGUAUUUGGCCUGUUGCCCUGUGUUCUCUUUAAUAGAAGAUGUCUCGUAAAUCUACUUAUUAUAAUAAUAAUAACUUUCUUUCAAGUUAAAGCUACUGCGCAACGUUCCUAUAUCACUAUAAAAUUAUUGUACCAGAUAAUAUUUCCCGGCUUUAUUUAUCUUCACUGUGGAACUUGUUUUUCUUAUUAUUCUCGUAGUAAAUAAAAUAUCCAGUCGGCUAGGAAACACUUGAUGUGAAGCUUUUAUUCAUUUUUAGGGAUAUUGUAGUCUUUUGAGAAAACUCCAAUAGCACCUGUAACCGGUAACCGUGAUUACCUUUAUGCCCGAUGUUAUAACACUUACGUAGUCUAAUACAGGUUUUGUAUAUAAAAAGAAAAAAGAAGAAUUAAAACUUUCACUUUUGAAAUCUGAUUUGUGACAUGGCACCAUCAUCCCGUGGCCGUCAAUAGGGUGGUUGGUAGAAUGGUGAAGUGUAGAGCUUCCCAACCGCCUUUAGGCCGAUAUAUCAAAUUCAGUUUGAAGAAAUUGUGUCCUAGCAAAGAAAAAAUAGUUUUCCUAUUCUUAUGUUGUCAAAAUGCUAAUUAAAGUCUUCAAGUAUGUAGUUAAAAACUUAACAUUAAUAGUGCCCUUUUCAACGAAACGAUGAUGCACUUCCAUAAAUAAAGAGUUGUACUUUUUGGUUCGCAUCGCAACUUGUCUUAUUCUAUAGAAAAAGUAUUGCAAUUUUCAUUUAAGAAUAAACGUUUUAUAAAGUGAAUAUUUUCUGUUUCUUGCUUGUAUUUUCGGUUACUCCACAGAUUACGCAUAGUGAUCUACUGAAAAUGAAACACAGUUGCAGUAUUUUUUAAAGCUGAUAACAUAUAGCUUUGACUUUUAAGAGUAAAAAUUGUUACCCGCUAAAAAAUUCAUCACGUAUUUUUCGCAACAAUGACAACAAUAAUCCACGCUUGGCCAGUCAUCAGGUGCACGGGGGGUAUAGCCAAAAUCAUUGGCUUAAGCUUAUGGUGUAGUAAUCUCAAUGGCAAUUCAGUAAUCCUCGUUAAAACAGUGAUUACUAGAACCGCGUGUCACGCGGAAGGCCGAAAUUUGAUCCUUCUACGGAGACGCAAUUUUUUUUUAACAAAGUUAAACCCACAUAGAAAGAGCUCUAAGGAAAGACAGUGAAGUAAUUGCUUCAACUUUUUUAGAAUGGAACCCGCGCAGUUUGAUAAAUAGGCAGUAUAAUUUAUAAUUGAUUAUUGUAAGAACCCAAUACAGCCGGGAUAUUGUAAAUGAGCCAAUAGUCCACCAUUUAUAAAAUCCUAUAGAGCCGAUUUUAUAAAAGAACAGCACACGUAAAUUUCAAAUGAAACUCCUGCUGAAAUUAAUAUAUUUUUAAUAAAAGAUACAUGGUAAUAGUAAUGAUACUGUGAUAGAAAAAUUUCUAGUUGGUGGCUGUUAGUCCUGGUGCUUACCACGGACCUAUUUUACCUAUAUUAUAAGCGUCCGUUUCCACAUUGCGUAUAUUCAGUCAUUUUAUUGCGUUUCCCGAAAAGUUCAGCUGCCAUAAAGCAUAUGGAAGGCAUUUUAAGAAACAAUACUUCGUGCUGUUUAUGGUGAACAUAUGACGAAUGAAAAAAUCAAUAAACCAUUAAAGGAUAUUUAAUGCCAAAUGUCUACACAUGGGAAGAAGUGGUAUGAAAUAAUAGUAUUAGCACUAUGGAUGGGUAUACCGUUCGUGUUAACGGGGGCGGUUCAAUAAUCCGAUUCGUACCACAUAAUACACAAACAGCUACGAUCAAGCGGCAAGAACUAGAAUGCACGUAAAUUAAGCUAACAACAACCGCUGAAUUAAGCGUCGACCACGACGCGCUUUUGCCUUUGCUGCUGGCUGUUUUAAUAGAAGAAAAGGAAACAACAGAGAUGAUUAUAGCUCAAACCGAUCAUGCCGAUAAAGUGGUCUAUUGUA